AUGAAAUUUUUGGUACUUCUUGCUGUUGCAUUUUUAGCUACUGCUACCCAUGGCAGAUAUGUCGAGAAGGAGUUGGUAGCUACACCAUGGAUGGACAGAGUUUGGCUUGAUGAGAGAGAAGCUAGAAUUUUCAGAGGAGAACCAGCUGAGAUUGCUGACUUUCCAUACCAACUUGCUUAUCUUGAUUUGACACGUGGUGGUUUCCGUUGUGGGGCAUCUGCAAUUGGUCAACACUGGUCUUUGACAGCUGCUCACUGUCUUCAAACCAACACACCUCCUGUUUCACUCCAACUUCGUGGUGGAUCAACCAACCGCAACACUGGAGGUUUCCUUUUCAAUGUUCAGGCUUACUGGAUGCAUCCAAGCUACAAUACCCGUCUUGAAUAUGACAUCGGUAUCAUGAGAACACCUGACAGCUCACCAAUCGUUGGUACACAUGUUGCACACAUUCCAUUGCCACCAAUCUGCCCAGACACAGAAAUCUGCUGUGGAGUUUGUGCUGGAGUUUCUAUGCUUGUAACUGGAUGGGGUUCAACAGAAACUGGAUCAACAACAACAUUGAGACAACUCACAGCUCCAGUUCAUGAAUGGAAUGACUGUAUGAGAAUUUGGAACAGAAAUGGACCAAGUUUCGUCUGCAAGGCUGUUAUUGAUGGACGUGAUACUUGCGGUGGUGACUCUGGAAGUCCACUCGUAACUGGAACUGGAGCCAAUAGAGUUCAAGUUGCUCUCGUCAGUUUCGGAACUUCAGUCUGUGGAUCUGGAUCACCAUCAGUCAACAUCAGAAUUGAACAUGGCGGUGUAAGAAACUGGAUCACAUCACACAGUGGAAUCUAA